AUGAUCAGAUGGACGAGAUCGCUUACGGGUUGGAGAUGGGCGGGUGUCGGUUUAUAUGGGGCGUUCGAUCAAAUACGUGGGAGACCAGAUGAAGGGUGGGAGAGAAGGGUAGAAGGGAGAGGGUUGGUUGUACGUGAUUGGGAGGAACUCAGUGAUGGAGAGCUUGUCAGCGGGAGUCCCACUACUGGUUUGGCCAAUGGGAGCAGAGCAGAGCAACCACUGAAUGCCAAGCAUGUUGCAACGGGACUGAAGGCAGAGCCGAUGGUUAAACCAGAGAAGAUCACGACCGUAGAUCGCUACGUGAUUUGUGAUGGAGUGAAGGAGUUGAUGGAAGGUGAGAAAGGGAGGACUGUGGAAAGGGCAGGAGUACAGGGGACCAUGGCACGUCGUGCCGUGGAGAAAGGUGGAUCGUCGGAUACGAAAUUGGAUGAAUUGAUCAAAUGCCUCAUUGCCAACCAAAAGGAAAUAAAAUUCUAA